AUGGUGAAAGUCGACAAGGAAUAUAAUUAUACCAAUCCCUCUGCCACCGCAGAUGUCGAGGCAUUAGAUAUAAAGUACAUCGACAAACAUGCAGACAUUGGACUGCAAUUCCUCGCACAGUCUGAGAAGAUCGAAUACACUGAAGAGGAAGCUCGAAGAGUGAAACACAAGACAGAUUUAUAUCUUUUACCGAUCCUCUCUCUAACUUAUGGCCUCCAAUAUCUCGAUAAGGUUACAACUUCAUAUGCAGCUGUAUAUGGAAUGCGUACAGACCUUGGUCUCAAGGGCCAGGAAUACUCCUGGAUUACCUCAAUUUUCUACCUUGGAUUCCUAGUGGCUCAGGGUCCAUCCUCCUAUCUCCUCACUAAAUUUUCUAUUGGCAAAUAUGCUGCUGUCAAUGUCUUUCUCUGGGGCACAAUGGUAUGCUUGUGUGCUUGCACCAAGAACUUUGCCGGCAUUGCAGUCCUUCGCUUUUUCAUGGGAGUUUUCGAAAGUGCUAUUGGCCCAUGCUGGGUCUCUCUCAUGGCCACCUUCUACAAAAAGGAAGAGCAAGGUUCCCGUGUCACAACUUGGUAUGGAUGCGUUGGUCUAGCAGCAAUUAUUGGUGGCCUAUUAUCCUACGGCGUCGGCCAGACACAUUCAGGAUUAGCAGAGUGGCAGCUGAUCUUCUUGAUUUGCGGAGGCUUCACUGUUGUCUGGUCCAUCGUUAUUCUCUUAUUCCUCCCGUCUGAUCCGACAACCGCCAAAUUUCUCACUCCCCGGGAAAAGCUGAUUGCGGUUGAGCGUCUUCGUAACAACCGAACAGGUUUGAGAUCAUCUGUGUUCAAGUGGUCCCAGGCUUUAGAGGCAUUAAGAGACCCUCAAUGUUGGAUGAUUGCCGCCUGGGCUGGUAUCAGCAAUAUCACAAACAUCGCCGGUUCUUUCCUGCCUCUUAUCAUUAAGGACAUGGGAUUUACUGACCUGAUGACCGUUCUGCUCACUCUACCAGUGGGAGGUGUUGAAAUAAUUGCCAUGUUGUUUGCAGGUCUUGCCUCUAGCCAAAUAAAAAAUGGCCGAACCAUUAUUAUAUUUGUGGUCGCUUGCCCAACCUUGGCUGGAAUUGUCAUGCUGGAUGUCCUUCCUGAAACCUCUACUUGGGCCCGAACGGCGGGUGUGUGGCUCGUUCUCUGUGUGCCUGCAGGCUACGCCAUCCUUCUGAGUCUGAUCAGUAGUAAUGUGGCAGGUUUCUCUAAGAAACUUAUGACAACUUCAAUGUGCUUCGUGUCGUCUUGUGUUGCCAACAUUGUGAGCCCUCAGCUUUUCAUCUCAACUGAAGCUCCUCGUUAUGCUACUGGACUCAGAGCUAUGCUCGUCUCCAUUUGCCUUUGUCUAUUCCUUUGCUUUGUCAUGGGCGUUUACUAUAACUAUGAAAACCGUCGACGUGACCGUGAAUGUGCUAAUUUACCUGAAGGACACGAGGCGUCGAUCACUAUUGAGUACGAGGAAUUUUUAGAUCGAACAGAUAAGGAGGACUGGGUCAAAUUCCGAUAUAGUUGGUAA